AAAGACCAGGAACCAAUAGGGAUGGAUCAGAACACUGUACAAAUCUGCCAGAAAUGUAAAGAAACGCCGUACUAUGUACACUUUGCUACUCUCUACUCGCCAUACCACAAGAUCCCUCUGUACAGUGCGUACUAUUUUAACCCUGGAGCCCCGAAUAGAGCUGAAAGGAAAGAAUGGUUCAUUGAGCCCAAGCUUUCUGGGGGAACGAAUGAAUAUAUGGAACGUGAAACCCUUCAUAUGGAUGAAAAAUAUCAAGCUGUCAACGCUGAUUACAUUGGCUCAGGAUAUGACCGAGGACACUUAAACCCCAGAUUUUUCCAAACAGGGUUUGGCCGUGAUGCAACAUUUACACUGACCAAUGCUGCCCCUAUGGAUCCAUGCUUUAACCGUGUCUACUGGUAUCAGUGGGAGGCUGCAACCAAGAAAUACCUAAAGGAACUUACAACCAAAUACCAGAAGGAACUUAAACUAAAAGAUCCUAAAGAUGCUCCUGAAAAGGUCUACAUUAUCACUGGUACUGUUCCCCAAAAAGACACACGUAUGCCACCCUUAGACAGGGUGAAUGUACCCUCAGUAGUUUGGACAGCUGUCUGUGUUCAUCGCUUCACAGCCGAAGAAAAGUCAUUGUCUUUUGGCUACAUGGGAGAGAACAGGGCAGACAAUGUCAUACAAAUGAUGUCUAUUCCCCAAAUGAAUGCCGAACUGUCAAAGCUGUAUGGUACAGCAAUCAAGAUUUUUAAAGAUGACUGUAGGUCAGAAAAUUAUAAGACUGUUCAUGAAGAGUAUAUGGACAUCCUUAAAAAAACAGACACACUGACAACUGAUGAUUAA